AUGAAGUAUUUUUCUCUACUCCCUGCCUUUGCGUGUGUGGCCAGGGUCACCGCGUUUCCUUCCUAUGCUUCGUUGGCUGGUCUCAGCAAUCGUGAAUUGGAAUCUAUCCUUCCAACGCUCGAGUAUCGAAAGCCAGCACUACCUCCUGGUCCUCUGAAGGACACCUCGGCGAAAUUGGUCAAUGAUAAGGCUCACCCGUGGAAACCGCUUCGACGAGGUGACAUCCGUGGGCCGUGUCCAGGUCUUAAUGCACUGGCAUCUCAUGGUUAUCUCCCAAGAAAUGGAAUUGCAACACCGGUGCAAAUUAUCAACACGAUUCAGGAAGUAUUCAACAUGGAGAAUUCACUUGCUAUCUUCCUGACGUAUGCGGCACACCUUGUGGACGGCAACCUCAUCACCGACCUGCUGAGCAUUGGACGCAAGACGCCGCUCACGGGUCGCGAUCCUCCACCUAUCGUUGGUGGACUUAAUACUCAUGCGGUCUUUGAAGGCGACGCUAGCAUGACAAGAGGCGACGAUUUCUUCGGCAACAAUCAUAAUUUUAAUGCAACGCUCUUCGACCAGUUCGUUGAUUUUAACAACCGAUUUGGAGGAGGGAAGUAUAAUCUUACGGUCGCAGCAGAGCUCCGAUUCAAGCGUAUUCAAGACUCGAUUGCUACCAACCCGCGUUUCUCCUUUGUCUCGCCUCGAUAUUUCACCGCCUAUGCCGAGUCUGUCUUCCCCAUCAACUUUUUCGUCGAUGGCCGCAGGAACGAUGGUCAAUUGGAUAUGGACGCCGCACAGGGAUUUUUCCAAUUCAGCCGUAUGCCUAAGGAUUUCUUCCGCCCAAACGGAACGAGAAGCACGGAAGGGAUUAACCAGGUCUUCCUAGCUCAUCCUGUGCAGCCUGGAGGAAACGUCGGCAAAGUCAACAGCUACACCCUCGAUCCCACAUCGGCAGACUUUUCCACCUUCUGCUUGUUGUACGAGAACGUCGUCAACAAAACGAUCAAGGGGCUCUACCCGAAUCCAACGGGAAAGCUUCGCCAGGCACUUAAUACCAACCUCAAUUUCCUCUUCCAAGGGUUGGAGGGUUUAAAUUUCGGAUGUGAGCAGGUAUUCCCCUACGGGCAAGACUGA